CACCACACUGCAUGGAGUGAUUCGCACCAGCAGCGAGCACGAGACUGCUCAGACUAAUAAUGUUUCGACCUUCCACUCUUUUCCGGAGCGCAAAGCUGCAACCCUCGCUAUCAUAUCGCCAUGUUAUGCGCAGGCCUCUCUUUGAGACGUUGCGUUACAGCUCCACAUCCAGCACCACGGAUUUUGAGGCCCUUCUCUCGAAGCCUACUUGGUCCGUAAAGUCGCUUCUGCCUUCUUCUGAACAGACCGACCCCGCACUUGCGAUCACUCCCGAGCAACUACGGCACCUGCUCAAUCUCUCCGCGCUUCCUGCACCUCAAACCCCCGAGGAAGAAGCUCAGAUGCUUAAGACACUUUCCUCGCAGCUGCACUUUGUACGGGCGAUUCAGGAAGUCGAUACGAAAGACGUGACUCCACUACGUGCCAUCAGAGAUGAGACUACUGCGGCGCGCAAAGAGAUCGAAAUAUCUUUAGACAGUGUAAAGGAGGCGCUGGACAACGAAGUGGUCUUAGGGAAGCAUUAUAAGAGAAUCCACAGACGCGAAGGCGUGGUGGAUACAAAAGAUGCCGAGGAUUGGAAUGUUCUGGGUAGUGCAGAGAAGAAGAUGGGCAAGUAUUUUGUCGUCGAUAGCGGAAAGCCUCAUUCUUCAUCAUAAAUCCCCUUUUUCAUACUGUCAUUAUAUUCGACUUCCCUUAAGAUUUAUUGCUAGAUUUUGAAGGAUUGACACUUCAGCGGCCUUCGUCAUCAAUCUUCGGCCGAGGAGCUUGUCCGUGUGUAUAUGGACACUCAAAUGACUGGAAAACACCACCUCUCAACCCCCAAACUUAUCAGAGCAAUGCUGACAUCAAAUCUUAUGCCCAAAAGAAAUCAUCAUACUGUUCGAAGAAAUACCUCUGGC